AUGACGUGGAGUUUCCUGCCAAAAAUCGAAGUGUGUGGACAGCGUCCUUCACCCUUGUGGACCAGUGACUGGACCCGGGGUCCCCUGGGGGUUUUCGUCAGACAUUAUUACAAGUCCAGUCCCCUAAGAAAAUGAACGUACCGUCGGCCUCAGGUUUGUUUGCCAGAUGACUAUUUCGAGCUAGCGACGUAAACAUAAGGACUCUCUUUAUAAUGCGUAGUAUACCUAUUUCACGGUUCAAGUAAAAUCACUUUGUGCUUAAGUUUUAACUGUUGCUAAGUUUAGUUUUGGUUUUGCAUAAUUGGAUCGCGCUGUACAUCAACACACAUAUUUUUUUGGUAGCUCUCUAUUAUAAUAAUGUUUGCUUAUUCUUUUAAUCUUGUAUGACUCCUUGGCUUUAGUUUUUGCAAUCCAUCGCCCGCUUCAUCAACACACAUAAGCUUACAUGUGCGUACGGUUGGAGGCUUCUCAAGCCAUUUUCCACAAACGAACAAACUCUUGUAGGUUCCGGUAAACGGCUUUUGUCUCUCAAAAUCCCCCCUAUCCCGUACACAAAUUAGAUUUGUAUGCGCGAGCCAACAUUUACAGAAGGACAUCACCUUGUCAACACUUGGCAGGCAUCAAUGUCCCUCUCCGUUCUCUCCCAUUCUCCCACUCGUUCUGUAAGGGACAGUGAAGCCUGCGAACGAGGCUAAACUUUACCAUUUACACUCGAAUUUUUUUUAGUAGCUUGCAAGCUAAAUAAUAUCUUCAAGCACAAUACAUUAGAAUACAUUACAAGAAAAAAAAAAUAUGUCUACACAUAAAAGAAACUAAUAUUUUAAACUUUAUCUAUUUUUUUUUAAUUCACCCGCAGAAUGAAUGAAAGAAAGAACUCAGUAGGAAAAAGUUUAAAUAUAAGAAUAUGAAAGCAUAAAGAAUCUGCAUAAACUAGGUAACACCCCGUAUUUCGGUCGUAAAAUCUGCAAAAAAACUAGUGCGAAGAAAGUCGAGUCAGGCAGUGCAUUCCACUGCUUAGCUGAAAAGUAAGAAAAGGAGAUAAUACCAUAGGUAGUUGUUUUAGGUUUACCAAGUGAUACCUCAGAGAAUGUAGUUGCCUCGAAGAUCACGGAAGAGGAGCGGAGUGAAAACAUAUUUUUCAUGUGCGCUGGAAAAUGAUUGAAAAACAAACUCUUACAUGACAAUAUAAGGACAUUCUAAACGCGCGUUUAUUACACAACGAAGUAGAGUUGACUUUUGUAAGAGUUCUUUAAGUGUUUUACAGGUUGUAACCACCAUUCGAGCUUCUGCGAAGUCAAAGUUAAAAAAGUAAUACAAGACAAAAUCAAACAGACUAAAACUGUUGUACCACUGUUCGAUUUUCUAUUUCGAAGUUAAACUGACUCAAAAAUGUGUUGAAUUUUAUUUUUGGUUUGAAAAGCUAGGACUAACGAUCUCUUAACAAAUCCAUAGUUUCUCCUAUUGUUGUUGCUUUUCUAAUCAUUUCAAACUAUUCAAACCAAAUCACAUGGCACAUUAGUCAUGGAACUCUAGCGGGGUAGUUAAUUUUCUGUCAUUUCACUGCCCAAAAAUAUGGAUCUGCAGCAUGGACAAGAAGACAAAAGGUCUAGGGUAAUAUUUCCUUUUUAAAAAAGUGUAUUAAGCAAAAACUUCUUUCACAGGAGGGCAAUAACGCUAGUGGCAAAAAAUUCUCCAAUGAUCACAUUUUUUAACGCCUAUAAUGUAUUUAUUUUAUACAAUUGUUAAACAAGCAUUCAACAUAAAGUAAUGUAAUGUCCUUUGAAGAGAUUCUACUACUUCAAGCAUUUCUGCUAGACUCCUUAUCACUUUUGAUCUUAAAAGCUUGCAACUGAGUUUAUUUAUGAUUUAUUUAUGAAGUGAUGAAAGCAAUUAAGAUAAAGUUGAAAUACAUUCGAUUGACCCUCGUGAUUUAUUCGGUUAGUUUUUAUUGAUACUAUAGAAGGCCUUUUGAAUGAAACCAAAAUACAAUGAACCUUUCAUUUUUCUUCUUGUUUUUCCUAUUGCUAACACUUUCACAGACAUAAUACUUAUUAUUUGCAAACUUGUUUUGUGAUCUUUUAUUUUAUGGCACUCUUGGGCUAUGUUGAAGACAGAGUCAUUAUGCCUUUAAACAUUGGUCACGUGGAACUAAUUUUCUAGGUUUCCCAAUCUUUUGUCAUGUAGAUAAAAACGCAAUUGUUUGGCAGAAAGUUUUGUGUUCUUGAAUAUUAAUUCUUUGUUAACCAUCGGCUAAUUCGUUACAGGACUCUUUCGAUUAUUUCUUCGACGGAUGAAAGAGAGCAACUGGUUCAACUUAACCACCAUAGAAACUUUAUUUCCUCCAGCUUGCAUUUUAUAAAACCAGUCAAUUGAUAAUCUUCAGAAUAAAAACUUCGGUAGCGCAUUCGUUGGGUUGUUUGAAAGGUUAGCGAGUUUCAAAAAUGACUGUUCAGCAGACAAAACAAAUCUGUGAUCGGUUAAACCUAUUUUUCUUAUAGUCGGCUAAGUUUUAGAAAAGGCGACAAAAUACGAGAAAAAAGAUACAAAAUUCAUUAAUAUAAAGCUAUGUUACACAAUUAUUUUUAAUUAACUAGAUAAGCGAGGCAUGGCAUUUUCUGUUGUAAAAUAGACUAUUCUUAUUUCGCCUGCAUGCGCUGUUUUGCGAUCAAGAACUUUGCUGUACUAACGAAAAAAAAAAAUGCAGUUAUUCCUUGUGCAUGCAUGAGAAUAAAAUUAUGUUUAUAUAAUGAGUCAAAUAAGAAAUGUUUAGUAUCGAUACAGUCUAGUUUCGCAGUUCCCGCUAGCUGUACUCAGUUUUAACUGUUAAGCAGCAAUUCAAUUUACGGGUAGGCCUUGUUGCAUUCACACAGCAAAGCGCUUAAUUUUCAACUUUAUCUUUCUGACGUAACCAUCAGACGAAAAAUUGGAAAUACUGUUGACUCCCGAUAACUCGAACCUCGCUAACUCGAACCUUGCGCUAACUCGAACCAAAGUCGAUUUCCCCUGGAUUUCCUUCAUACAUUUACUGUAAUAUUACCCUUCGUAACUAGAACCCUCGAUGACUCGAACCUCCCGUUAACUCGAAGUAAUUUUUGUUUCACUUCAGAUUAUUUCUUUACAAUUUUCCCCUCGAUGACUCGAACCAUGUUUUAAGCACGUGACAAAUCGGAAAAAAAAAUGGUGAACCACCGCACAGAAGUCCGAAACACUGAAUUUAUUUCAAAACUUUGUCGUUACUUUUGUUCAAAUUCAGUCAGUCCAUCCCUGUGAAGUGUGCAUGAUGGUUGCAUUCCCUAACCUCAUCUUUUUGCUUAUUUGCUGACUUCCGGUUAUUUGCUUCGAACUCCCGAUAACUCGAACUUUGUUCGAUUUCCCUAGAAAGUUCAAAUUAUCGGGAGUCGACUGUACUUAGCAGACAUGGUCCUUGAUAAAUGGCAUUCCCAUCAAGUCACGUGGAAAAUAUUUCAAGAUAAUUAUCUGCUAAGUCUUCCGCGUAAUUAUUCUUACUUUCGUUAAAAAAAUCACCGCACUUUUGAUAUUUUUAUCCUUAUUAAUUAACCGAAAAAAGACACACAGGCAGUUACCUUAAUAAGCAUAAAGAUGGCUGGGGGAAUUUUCAAAGACUUACAUAUGUCAAAACAUUCCGGACAUCGAACCUAGGAACUGCACAUUGUGAGUUUUACAAUAGCGCGGCGGUCCUAGUUGUUUUCAAAAACAUAUCGUUUCUUAAAAAGAUGCGCCAAAUGUGCUGAAAGUAUGCCAUUCCCUGAGAAAUAAAUAGCAAAUUAUCUUAACGUCGGUAAGAUUGGUUCAUAAAGACAGAAUCUGCUCUUUGACCCACAAUUAUGUCUGACCUCCUAUCGGGCAAUGCUUUAUUAUUUUGUUGUUUAAAACUAAGUCGUUUAGUUUCCCACGGCUAACAAAAUGUUCUCAAUAUCCCACAGUUAAUAACUUAAAAUGUCGUUAAAUAUCCAAGCUUUGAGGCCAAAUAGCUAAGUCCAUAAACCUUCUUCAUAAUUAAUUGAGCGGGAUAAAAACGCACGUGUUUUAGCUUAUUUUUGAAAAGGAUUCCUACCCGGACCAGCACGGCAUUUCUAGAUUAUUACCCUUAUUUUUCAAGAGUAUGUUAAAAUCCUGGAAAAUUCGUCUCCUUUUAAUAUAUAGCACAUUCAGCAAAAGUCGCAAAAUUUCGCAAAAAUCUUCUAGAUCUUGUUAAAUCGUAAUCUUUUUACUCCCCAUUCAAACUAGCCACGGAAUAAUUAUUCGGAAAUUAUUUUGUUUUCUUGCAAUAUUUUUCCUAGUCACCUUACAAUCCUUUCAAUAAAAUUUAAUUGCACUUCAUAUCCUGCUAGACGUUAUUACCUUUUUCAAUUGAAUAUCAUAGCCGUCCGGCGCAGGUGGCUUUUUCAAGCCUAAUAUUUAAUAUUUGCUAUUCUCUGCCACAAUGAAAGUUACAUUCUUUUACUUCCUUUGCUCUUUCUACUGAUGGAGCCGGGUAAUAUUGGCAAAGCUUGAAACCUUCAAUACCGUAUUUCGAUUCCUUGUUGUUUGCAGUUGAUGCCUCUAAAGAGAACGAAAACAUGUUCUUAAUUACGUGUUCGUUUCUGUGUCAAUAGCUUAAAAAAUUAUUAACAAGUCAAAAAUAAACAGAGCAGAAAAACGGAAUUUACGGACUCUCACCGUACCCGGACCUCUUAAAUCUUAAUUAACUGUGGCAGGUAGUUGGCCUUAGUUAAUUUUUCUUUUCAGGGGAAAAAGAAUGUUGCCAUUCUUUUCUUUUUCCCCUCUGUUUACUCAUUGAGUUAUUUAGCCGCAACUCUUUCGCUUUAAUCAUUUUUUUUUAUCAGCUUUUUUUUUGUUUACCGUUAAAAAAAAAAAAAAAAAACGUCCAGUCAUUCCCUCUUUCUCCUCUUUCAUACACCCUAGACGAGGCCAUUCAUCUCCUCUUCGCGUCAAUUCUCCUUUCUUGCUGCGGCAUUUGACGCCACCACUGGGGGCUUGGGAAGAAGAUUAGGCAGGGAAAAAACAACUGCGCCAAAUUACAUUGGUGAGUAUUAACGAAUGCAUAGCGAGAGCUUGGUAAAGUUUGUUUUCACACGUCAUGGGUCGCCCAAGGCAUGUGUCGUUCCUGUUCAGUGAAAAUAACAAUGACAAAGAACGCUUUAUUUUUUCCGUCUACACAUUAGCGCUUUUAUGGCCUAGAUUUAAACAAUAUGGAAUGAACUGUUGCUAUGUUCGGUUGUGUUAGGAUCUGAAUCAACGCCAUUUAAGUGUUUAGGUCAAGGGCUGAAUUAGAAGGUAAAAAUAUAAAUUAAAGUGAUGCAUUUGUAUUCCUGGAAGCGCGAGUCACCCCAGAUCCGAUCCGUUGGGUUUGGAACUGUUCAAUUUCCAAUCCGACGUUAUUUCCCUGACAUUAUAAAGAAGAAUGAAAUAAAUCGCUUGUUUUAAUUCUAUAGAUUAAAUUCAUUCCUAGCUUUAACAGUAGAGCUUUUAGAUGUUUGUGGUUUUUGAGCUGAUUCAGUUUUAAACAAUAAUUUCGUUUUUAUUUAGCUUACUUAGAAUCGCAAUGUGUUCAAGGUAUUAUGUAACAAUUUAAAGCAUUUUCCAAAACAAUGCGAGUGCGGGAAAUUAUCGUUUAUACCCAACUUUGAGGUCAGGGAUAUGAUUUGGAAGUUUUGUAAUCUGGGUGUGGUUUAGUUUUCUAUGUCAUUGUUGAGCAAAGUUGCUUUUACUAUCAGAAAUCAAGGGUGCCGAGUUGAUCUACUGAUGCCUUAAAUUAAAUGCGUUACAUCAGUUUUUCUGCGUUGGAGUAGAAAUCAACUAUAAGUCAUGGUUUGAAUGGUGUUAAAUAUUACAGUGCAUACACUUCCUCUAUUCGUAAAAGGUGGUAAGGGAAAUCUAUUCAUCGCAAGUUGUGUUUGCGCUGUUAUGAAUAUUCGGUGUACCUCGAAGCAAUCUUAUUGGCUUAGAGUGUUAAUCAGAUAUUGUACCCCCAAGAAUGGAGAUUUCAAAAUUCAUAUUACGUUGUAUUCCGUAAAAAUGUUCUUCAACGCCUCAAAUUGGUCUCCUCGCGCUAUCAACCAAAAAAUGAAAAAUGUUGGCAGAUCAACCAUUUCAGUAAUAUCUGUGGUUGAAAUCUAUUGCAAAAUUUAUUAACACCGACCAGGGUGACAAGACAAUGAGCUCGAUAUCAAAACAGAAUAAUGAUAUUACAAUUUGCAACAGGUUAUUAUGCACUUUAAUUACUCACAGUGUAAUAGACUUGAACUACAUUGUGCUGUGUGGCGUGUAACUGCUUCCGCGUUUUGACAAACGCCUUAAUCACGUGCCGAAGAAUAUUCCACUCCCUUGCUCAUAACGACAAAAUUAUUUCUCCAAAUGACUGAAAGUUGUUUAUAUUUUUGUCUGAAUUAUUACCGUCGAACCUACAGGGAAUCCUUUUUGACAUUUCAGAGAAAAAUCGUUUAUCAUUGGCUUUGUCUUCAAACCAUAAAACUAUCCAACGGUGAAAACUCUCGAAAUGCAAGUUUUAUUUUUCUUUUUUCUUUUUAAGGAUGCCGGGGUAAAAAAAAGUGGAGUAAAACUCGACCUGAAGUUUCGCGCCUAUGUGGGGAAAUCUCUUAAAAGCAAUUUUGUAAUCAUAUUCCUACACCUCCUACACGUUCUCGAAUGAAUUAUUUUCUUUUUUGUCGUUCAGAUGACAUAUUUUAUGCAACAGCAGGUGUACCAUCAUAAAUUUAAUGGAGUUUACACCGUCAAAAACCUGGGAUAAUUUUCCUCAUGGCAAUGCCUUUUUUCGACAAAUCAGGCAUUAAUCUUAAAUCAAGCACUAGAACAUGGGUAAUAAAUUGAAUAGAAAUAAUCAUUUGCUGAAAUCUUUCAAACGAAGUUCAUAAACUAUGUAUUCUUCCCUAACUUGGUAUGAUCCCUAUGUGUUCAGCAGUUUUUUUAAUGAGACUUUUGCAUUAAAAAAAAUAAAUAUAAUAGUAAUAAUAAUAAUAAUAAUAAUAAUAAUAAUAAUAAUAAUAAUAAUAAUAAUAAAGUAAUACCUCUCUGGGGUUAUUUCUAGCUGGAAUUGUACCAGUAGUAUAUUUGUUAUGGCUUGAAAAUGACCUUAAAAAAGUCAAAAGGUCUUUUUUUUGUCGUCAAUUUUUAUUGUAACAGCCCUUUACACAGUAGACUAGCAAUUUUAAGGUCAGCUAAUUGAAAUCGUUAAAUAGAAAAUUCCACUUACUUAACUGUGCGAAUAAAAUAAUGUCUAUUUUACUGAGAACUGCCACUCGGGUUUUGUUUUUGCGCGGACGGAAGUCUGUAAUUUAUUACUUGUUGCUUCAAGUUUGUCACGAGUCUGUAGAACGUAAUCCAAUUCUUGCUUGAGAUAACCACUAUGGACUAACUAUUUUAUUGUUGACAUCGAAGUAUUUGCAAGUGAUUGUCAUUUUAAUCUACUACUAAUCACUUUUUCGUAAAUACCGCUGUAAUAUUUACAGAUUAAUGUGGCUAACUUAGUUUUGUCUUCAAAAGGUAAAGUUAUAGGCUUUUUGGUUCUCUUCACAUCCAAACCAAACCAUGCAUGCCUUUUUUUUCCAUCCGGGUUUUAUCUGAAUUUAUCUUGCCCUCUUCCCAUAUUCAAAAUGGCAAGCACAUAUGUAUACUCAAGUCCUAGUUAAUAUAUUAUCUUUCACUGUUUCAAGUUUUAACGCAACAAGGGAAAUGUAUCGACGUUAUUUUAAUAAUUAAAAGAAACGAAUGGAUAGAGUAAACUUGAAUUUAGAAAGAAUUAUUUUCAAAUUUGUCCUGAUAUCGGUUGGCGCAAACUUUCUGCGAAUAAUUCUAUUUGGUCAACUGGCUUUUUCAGUACUUUUCUAGAAAUUUCUUCCAUUCAGUUCUCGUUCCUUUAAAACGUUUACAGUCCGUUAGCAACAUAAGACCACCAUGUUCCAUUAACAAAGUAACAACGGCUUCGGAUCCAACCAUCUGCCGGUGUUUUACAAUCUUUGAACAAAAUGAUGAUUAUUUGGUACUUGAAACACGAGACUCAAAACAAAGGCCACACAAAUGAAAUACUCUCGAGAAGGCAAAAACUCAUACAGGCAACUCUUAAAACACGUGGGGUUUUAGGAUGCCAUUUUCCCUACUUUCAUCUUGAAAACCCGCUGAUAUGUUUUUUUCGAAAUUGCCUUUGUUACCAAUACUCAACACAUAAUUUUUAUCUCUCUUAAGUUAAAAACAAGUCCCUCUAUUCAAUGGACAGUGAUGUCAACGUAUCACAGACUAGUCGAUAUUGUCAAGUUUCUCGGCAAAUUGGUCAUAAUUAUUUUGAUGAAAAGUUUAUUAUUAAAAGUUAAAAUAACCAAAAGAAGCAUGCUAACUUAAGAAAGUCGAAAGUGGUCAUGAAACCCUUUGUACAACGGACUCAUUUCAAAAUAUUGACGCCAAAUCCAUAUUUUUUUUCCAUUUUUGACUGUCAGAAUAUAAAAUAUAGUGUUAUGAUUCUUUCCUUCUUUCGUUUUUUUCUUAUGCGAUCCUCCUUUUUUUCCCGCGACUCAUGUAGUCUCGUCUCGUUGCAACAUUUUCCGAGAAUAAAAAGAAUUAAUUAAGCAAUGUCAACACAUCUUGUUUGGAGACGGUGUUUUUUGACGUUAACUUCUAAAUUAGGGCCAAUUCAGAACUCGCUCCAGGGACACAAUGAUCUCGGAAGACUACAUUAAAUAGCGGUCUAUCCUCAUUGAAGUAGUUCCUUCUACUGUUACAAAACAAUACGUCGAUAUCCUUCAGUUUAUUAUCUUUUAUACAUUGUUUACUCGCGGAGCGUUGUCCUUUUGUUGUCAUUAGAAAACUAAAAAAGAAACAUUCGCUUUCGAUGUCAAGUUGCGUUCGCUCAAACUUGAAUGACAACUCGCCUUUAAACGCAUAAUAUAAAACGCGUCACAUCGAAUGAAAUCAACUCCUUUUGCCUUCGCUGUAACUACAGCGUUCCUUUAACAACAUUAUCCGGAAACAAUUGACGGGAUAUUUUACCAUUUAAUACAAUCUACUAAUGAUACAAAGCUCAUUUUUAACACCUCGGCACCUAAUUUAAUGCAACGAAAUGGCUUAUCGAACGAGAUCUUUUGUGGGACUGGCCAAAACCCACUUAGAAAAGUAUCAUUACAGACUUCAGAAAAUUAACUGAGGCGAUAAAACGUGUUCAAUGAAGAGUUCAUAAUUCUAGACUCCGAAUCAACAUUUGUUUUUUUCUUUCGAGUUCCUUUGUUUUGGUUAUCACCGAUGACGUCAGGACCGAAUGAUCUGAAUUUUCGCGCCAGUAGAGAGGAAACAAUUUUAGCAUUAAAAUAUUUUAUAUUGAAUCGCUUUAUUUCCUCGUAGUUGUUCUCGUUUUAACCUAAGGCCAUGUUUUUUUUCUUGUACAGAGACCUUAUAAAGCACCUUUUUAUUUAGGCUCACUUAGAUAUUUCCGCUAGAGAAGUUUAUUUGCGAAGGGCAAGCAGCAAUCGAUUCGUUUCGUACAUCACAUUUUGGCAUAGUUGUUGUUUUGCUAUGAUACUUAAAGAGAUGCAAACAUUUUACAGAGAGAAAGAAACUCGAACCGAAGAAGGUUAAUUCAAUAAACUAAGGUUGAGCUUUUCGUGUAUAGAAAACAAUACGCGUCGAGCAAUUCUAAAGCUGUGCCCGCCGUGCACUCGCCGUGUUUUGAAAAUCACGUUUAGAAUUUCGAAAAUCAAACCGAAUAUGUUCCUGUGUCCUAAAAUAAGUCUUUACACGGUCUUAUUAAACGCCUAACUUACACUUAGUUGUAGUCGGCAGGAUACCUCAAACAAUGGAAAGUGACACAACUUCGCAUCAAAUAAUUGGUUUUGCUUUCUGCCUUCUGAUUGGCUGGUUCUGAGCCUAAAAGUGGCUAUAAGCCGGUCGAAACGUUGGAAACGUGCGCCUACCGAGCUAUUACUAGUCCCGAAAAUCUUUGAUGGUCAGUGAGUCUCCCGAAGGAAAAUCUUAAUCACCAACAGAUGGAAAGUCCAAUCUCGUUCCGGGAAAACCAGUCCCAAAUGACAAGCCAGUUUCAUUACACUUCAGUUGAGCCUCUCGACAAGAACUUGAAGCGAAAGCGGCGCAGGAAAUCCCCAAAUCAGCAGAUAGCGCAACGACACGCAGCAAAUUUACGCGAGAGGAAACGCAUGCAAAGCAUAAACGAAGCUUUUGAGGGGCUCCGACAUCACAUCCCUACACUGCCUUACGAGAAAAGACUGUCCAAGGUAGAUACUCUACGGCUUGCUAUUGGCUACAUUGGAUUUCUUACGGAAAUGAUCAGUUCCGACAUGAGUCACAGCCAAGCUUUACAGCCUACGUCCUCAGAACAGCCAAGAAAAGUUAUGAUCUGCCACCGCGGUUUCGGUAAGUUUUUUGAGUUUGCUUCCCUUAAAGCGUCAUGUUAGUAGGGGUUUUGGGCGCAUCUGGGCUGUUCUCACAAGUACGGAGCUGUUGGAUAUUGAAUAAAAUGACGUUUUGAUAAUAUUCCUUUGCAUUUUAUAACUUUAAAAAUAGAGGAAAAUCAUGUAUUUUUUUCAAUUGGGAAAUCCUCAAACAGCAAGCCGAUCUUGCUCUCAGAGACUCGCAAACGGCAAUCAACAUUCGCAGACAGUUUUUGAAUUUCAUUUCUUUUAUUUAUAUAUUUCAUGUUUGCUCAUUUCGUUUCCUUUCUCAUAGGUAAUCAAGAGUACGGUCUUCCCCCUUUAACGGGACAUUCUCUAUCUUGGACUGAUUCGAAGAAACCUAAACUUCACUCAAGUAUCAUGAAGGCGAAAAUUUGGACCCCCGAAGAUCCAAGAAUCCAUAACAAUACUAUGUUUCCUUCGCCAUUGUGAGGAGAGAAAAUGCUGUUAUAUUAUGCUAUAUCAUCAAGGCAGGAAAAGGGUGUUCUGUAAUUGUAUUUUAACAGAAGUAGAAUUAUUUUUUAAUAACUAGCUUGGAAAUCGACGAGGAGAUAUAUUGUAACAUAUUUUAAUUGAGAAACAAACAGAGUAUUAUCGUACGAGGAAAUCUUGGACAGGGAUUCGUCGCCUCCUCGCAUUUUUUUUCCAAAAAAAAUACGUAACAAAGAAAUCACAUUUGACAAAACCACAGUGGGUUUAUGUAAGACAUUUUUGUAAAUUUUUCUCCAGGCAAAGCAUACAGAAUUUGGAUAUUAAAAAUGCAUCGAAAACUUUAUUACUGCUGUGUCAUUGUGAACGAUUUUAAGUUUGUUAAUCUCUUUGAUAAGUAAAUUUAUGGAAAACACAAUUCGUGUUGUGGCUAAACUGUCUUUCUUAGCUCUGCAAGUAGAGCUAAACAAAAGAGUGUGUUCUAUAUCUUGGUGAGGGGGAACUCCAUUAGCAUAGCCCGCUUGACUUUUCGUGCCUUUAAAAUUACGCGCAAAUGAAAAAUUAAUGAGCAAGUUUAACACAUUCGGCUGAAAAAAUAGCACCACCAUGCUCAAAGCUCAAACUUCAAAAGGUCGAUGCUGGGGCCUUUUUGGAGCAUACAGCUAGCAGAUAAGCAAGUCUCCUCAUUUGUCUUGUUAAUACAACAACGUUAUCAGAUUUCCUAAGGUCUUCUGUUGUAGCAAGUAUCAAUGAUGCUGGGAUGUUUGUUAGCAACCUCAGACCUUGUGGCACCAUUAGACGAAACAUUGAGGUUUAUUUGUCGUGUAUCCUAAGAGUAAACGUGGAGCAUUGGCAUAGAGCGUUUGAUCUUAUCGAUUGAUUCGAGCUUUCCCCACACGUGUAUGCGUGUUUGCACUUUCAUUGCUUCAACCAUGAAACAUUUGUGUAGCAAAUCGUUUAAGCGGCUCACACCCCCCACCCUUAGGUAACCACAACAUGACGUGGUUCUGUUACAUGGUACACAUCAGCAUUCCUAAGUGGGAUGGGCAAAGCAAACGAUCUGGCGUGGUUUGUUAAGCUCCACUACAAUUCAGGUAACAGGUUGAUAACUGCUAUGUUAUAAACAAGCUACCUUCAACAGGUAUUAUAUUUUAUUACCCAGACUAUGCGAGACAAACGAGUUAUUAGUCCAGUGGUGUGAAUAUCAUCCCCAAGACCUGAUACGUGUAUUUGCAUGAUGCCUAAACGUGUUAUAAGCUUUAUCAGAGAGAUAUGAGGCGAUAAUAUUGGUGCACAGAGCUCGUAUCAGGGGAAACGGUCAAGUGGUUCUUGUAAGUUCCUGUAACGGCACAAUCCUUUCAACGCAAACUGCCAUCCCGUUGCUGAGUCCGUGGUCGAUAUUUUUCCACAGCUGCGGAAAGAGUAUUGUUAACAGAACAAGAGACAGCUGCGGUGAGCUAUUUCCAAGAGAAGUCCCAUUUAGAAUAAGAAGACAGGUAUUAUGCGAGCACACGUUCGAAGAUUUACACAAUUGGUAGCAACCUGCGAGAAAUGAAUAGUUCUUUUUUUCAUUAAGACACUGCUCGAUAUCUACCCUGUGGAGACGAAAGCUGAUUGGUCAAGACACGACACAUGAGUUUUGUAAAGCCCGCCCUGUAUUAGCAGACCUGAGCCAAGAUCAAUUAUUUGGCCCUUUCACAUCUUUGUUUCAAUUGUCAACGUCUCUCUGCUAAUUCAUCGGUUGCAUGCAAUCUGUUUGUGACAGAUUUCUCUACUAUUGGGGAUCGAACAUGUAAGGAUAGAUCCAACGGUAUCUUGAAGGUAGCACCCAUGGUUAGCCUCAUUGUCACGCCGAGCAAGCAUGAUCCCAGCGCGAGGAGAACUCUUUCUGACUUGUAUCCUUUAUUAAAGGUGUUACCCACGCCAUGCAGUCAAUACGAUUUUCUUUUGUUUGAAGAGAUUUAAAUAGGAGAAGCAGAUGUUUUUAGGCUUAAAAAUAAACCAUGAAUGAAUAAUCAGUGUAGCUGGACCGACAUGGCGAGUUUGGAGAUUGACGGUUGAGAUUUGCACCUCAAGGAAGACCCCCUUAUUCGAGUAACAACCACCCAUCAAGCCCUGCUUACAAACUGCAGAAAAUAUCUCGUACUUCGUAGAAGAAAUAUAUUUGUUGUGUGAACUAUAUUAAUUAAUGAUGUAAAGGGAAAAGUAUUGUUUUCUGAUAAUGUCAACACAUUUGACCACUGCUUGUAAAAAGCUUUUAAAAGUUGCCAAAAAACACAACAUAAGCACGUUUAGCGUGGUUAAUUAGCUAAACAGGCAAAUUUUAUCAUUGCCUGAUACAACAAGUCACAAUAAACUUAUUUUACAAAUGGUAUAUUUAGAGGAGAACAAAACUCUCCCAGCCGCCUGGUUACAAAACUCAAAACCACUAAAUCUUUAACAAAAAAUGCCGCAAAUUUAUGCAAAAAGGUCAUUUUUUUCAUUUUUUAUUCAAAUUAAGUUGUUAACCAGAGCGUAAGUGAGUAAAAACGCGUGUCUAACUUGUUCAGGCCAGUUUUGUCGUCGCACUUGUAGAACAUUUUCCCCCAAAAGAAGGUAGAUUGCUUUAGAAAAGAAGUUUCGCGAAAACCUAAAGGUUUGCGCAUGCGUUAUAAAUGAGAAACUGAACGAAAUCUCAAAAAAGUGCAAGUGAUAAACACAUAGGCGUGAAAUUUGUGUUAAGACCACCGCUGCGAUGAACGAAUACUAAGUCUAUCAUCCCCCAAACCUUAUUUUCACGCUCUGUCGCAGUGAGUUAAAUCUUUAGGUAUAAGCGAUAUUGCGGCAAACGCCGACAUUAAGGCAUGAAUAUUUAAUUAACUGCUCUAGAUGAGAUACUGUAGUAUCGUUUUAUCUCCGAGCGUCAGAUUGUAGCGAGCGUUGUUGAAAAAGACAGCACACGGUGAAGAUAGUGGGCGGUGGAACAUUUCUAAGUAAUGGAAAACCGCCUUGGUUUCCUCUUUGAUCGAUGAUCGCUUUUCCACCGCUCAAAAUUGCUUCAUUAAACCUGAAAUUUGAGGUUUUGUCAGAUGAAAGACACUUUUCUUACAGGAAAAGUUACCGCUUUUCCGAGAUAUUCACGCCUUUUAUACUUUAAGAAAGACAAAAUCCUUUCACAGAACAGACUAUAAAUCGGUUCUUAACUUAACCGGAUUUCGCUCGUUUUCGUUAAAAAUGAAGUGAACGUACCGUUCGAGAUUUACUAUGUUUUGGUUCUAUCAAAUUUUAAAUUUCCAAUCCCUCAGCUUGACGAGAUUUUGCUGAAACACUGUGAAGAAAACUAACAGUACAGGUUAUCGUGGUUGAAGCAAAUUAACACUAAAAUUUAAUCAGUUUUACUAUUUAGUAUCGCUUCAAACUUCAAGGCCACGUGCUGCCCAGCGAACUCUUUUAAAAAGCUGUUGUUUGAAGAUUAAAAUACAUACAAAUUAUUCUAUUAUUUUUAAUUUGGGGCCAAAGGUUACAGCUAUUCUAAAACUCAUGAUCUUUUUCCUGACAUUUUUGCGACCAAACCUGAUCAUCGAAGACAAAACUCAACGAGAAGAGCUACCGAAAUUCUUGGACAAAUGAUUUGCGUUGCUUUCGUUCAAGUAGUCUUGUGCCACGCUUACAGUAUUUGUUCUGGUGUUCGAAAAAAUUCUGUGAUUUUUCAAAGCGAUGUCUAUUAUUCUGAUCGAGGUAGCAGUGUUGACCGCUUUCUCCAGAUUGCCUGAAGUGGUACAUAUAGACAUUACUUUAACCCUGCAAUUCGCACUAAAAACAAAACAAAGCCUUAUUAACAAAUGACAUCUCCAGCGGAGGUAGUGAUAUGACGCUCUAUUCUGAACGGAUGUCAAUUCACUCCAGGCAAUAAUUAAAACCUCGCGAGAAAAUAGCGAAGUAAUUACUGACGUUACAAUCGCGGUAUCAGUAUCUCUGAUAAGAAAGUGUAAAAGAGUGACUUCAUUUGAAUAAAACAAUUGCAACGACAGUCGCGAUAACGUAUUUCACUCACAAAACAAAAAAGAUAUAGUACGUGUUUAAAACCAAAGCUUAGCUUUUAUGUUGGGCAAAAAAUUUUCUGUUGAGAGGAUUUUUUUCCUUGAAUCGUGGGCCCGAGAAAUCCUCUCACUAUGUUUAUUUUCCCUAAUGACAAAAUAAUUAACGGUGUUCUAUGUUUCUAAGUCUGGAAAUAAAAACCAUAAUUCAUGAAAAUAAAGAUCGCAACUCGUCGAAUAAUUAGAAAAUUGAAAAGUUAUGUUUGA